CUCUGGCGGGUCGCUCAGGCUGGAGGGGCAUGGCGGCGGCGAGAGCGCUGUGGCGGCGGGAGAGGCUGAGCUGGGGCCUGGCCGUGGCCCGGAGGACGGGGCUGGGCUUCCCUCAGUUACUGGGUUGUAGACAAAAAUCAUCGCACAGUUUCCUUAACCGAGCUGAUAAUCCAAAUCUAGCUUACCAUAAACUAAAAGGCAAGAAUCCUGGAGUUGUCUUCCUCCCCGGUCUUUUUUCAAAUAUGAAUGGCGAAAAAGCACUUGCACUGGAAGACUACUGCAAAUCUGUUGGUCAUGCUUUUGUAAGGUUUGAUUACAGAGGCUGUGGGAGUUCAGAAGGCAAUAUUAAAGAGAGUACAUUGGGAAAGUGGCGGAAGGAUGUUCUUUCUGUACUGGAUGAACUCACUCAAGGACCACAGAUUUUAGUUGGUUCCAGUUUGGGCGGAUGGCUGAUGCUUCAUGCAGCAAUUGCCCGUCCAGAAAAGGUGGCUGCACUCGUUGGAAUAGCAGUUGCUGCAGACUAUCUUGUAGCAGCUUUUCAACAGCUUCCUGUAGAGACCAAAAAGGAAAUAGAAGAAAAAGGUGAAUGGAAGUUGCCAACCAAGCACAAUGAAGAAGGAUUUUACUCUCUGCCAUAUGAACUCAUUCAGGAAGCAGAAAAUCACUGUGUAUUGAGUAGCCCUCUUCCCAUAAAAUGCCCUGUGAGACUUAUUCAUGGCAUAAAGGAUGAAGAUAUCCCAUGGCAGACUUCCUUGAAGGUUGCAGAGAACGUUGUCAGUGGAGAUGUGGAUGUUAUUCUCCGCAAAGCUGGUGAACACCGGAUGAAAGAGAAGGAUGAUAUCAAACUUAUGAUAUACACUGUGGAAGACUUGAUUGAACAGUUGAGCACCUAGCAUGCAUUGUGCAGUGACAGAAGCAGAAGAAAGCUCAGAUGGCAGGUGGGGGGAACUAAGUUCAAAGGGUAACUGGUCAGCCUGAAGGACCUGGAGAGUUACAAUUAUUUUCUUACCUUUUUAUUUUUUAUUUUGGUAAAUACAGCUAUCUUCUUAAUGCUGCAUUUGCACAAACAAUAAAAUGUGAAUAAAAUGCUGCUGUUCAAUCCCUUCUUCCCCCACUCAAAUUACCACUGACUUUUAUGCAAUAUGUAUUUCUUACAUUUUCACACCUGGGUAUUCUUGUGCCAGUACCUACUACUUACCUUGAAGUAUUGUGUGACCUUUCCUCCUUUUUUACUCUUUAAAUAAAUAUGCAUUAUAAUGUCCUUCCACUUGAGUUAUGAAACGUAAUUUAUCAAUCCAAAUCCAUGCUAUCUAGAAAUGCACCUGAAAUACUCAUGUGUUACUUCUACCAUGAAUAGUUGAGGUUUUUUUUUAAUGCUGAGGAGUAUUAAAAGCUAAGGGAAAUACACAUUUCAUCUUGAAUUACCUAAAAUAGCUUGAAUUGGUUAUGUGUUUCCUGCAUAGGAGUGAUAUGCUACUACAGCUGUACAUUAUAUUAAUUUAGACCCAGCCAGACACCAAAGUAAACACACAAACAAACUCUUCACUUAAUAUACAUCUCUGCGCCAAAGAAGGAAUAUUUCUAGUUGUAAGCUUAUUUAUCAGAUGCCUAAACACUGCAGGAAACGAUGCCUAUUGAAACUAAUGGGGCUUUAUUUCAAAUUUGUUUAGGGCUUGGUAUAGCAGGGCCCAACAACUUAUAACGUUAAAUGCAUCACAGUGAUAUCAGGGUUUAGUGAUAUUUUAAUUAAAACACAGCAAUAGAAAAAAUCCCUGUGGUGCUAAUGGAAUCUUUUUAUUAUUGCUACUUGAUGGGUGCUGUGGUCCCAAUCCAUAUUGGCUGCAUCCUGUUUGGUUUUAAUUAGAGAGAAAACACUGAUGUCACAUUUAGGCUGUGAUCCUAUGCAUGUUUAGACAGAAAAAUAUUUCCUGCCUAUUAUAAUUACAGAUGAGAGCUACAGACUACAGGAUUCCUCAGCCAGCCAUACUGGGAGUUGUAGGACUUUUGUCUGUAUAAACGUGCAUAGGAUGUGCCCUUAUUGCUGCGUAUAGGUAAGCCCUGAGUCACACAGAGUAGAACCAGAUCAUAAGUAUAUCUUAGAUGUAAACAGUGCAAUGCUUCCAUUCUAGACUGCUGGUUUUUUUUAUAUACUGGUGGUUUGCCAAAGAUGAUCGUAUUUGUAAAGUGGACUUCUGCAUAUUUCACAAGCUUGAUUUAUCUUGUGAUUGCAAAUACUUUAUUUGUCAAUGACGAGGAUCUUCAAGCUUUCUAAUAAAUAGACAUGGUUUGGGGAUAAAAUUCUUUUAUAGGAAUUGCUUUCUCCUAAGUAAUGCUACUUAAAACUCCAAUGUCAUCACUAAAAAGUAUUGUUCUGAAAGUAGCCUUGAAAAAGCAAUGUCAUCAUGGCAUUCUAGGGUUAGUGUUUCUCCCAGUUCUUUUGAGGGUUUCAUCCUUUAGUGAGGAGGCAGCAGAUCUGGUGCCAUUAUAGCUCAACAAAAAAAGUCAAUGUAAGUUAUGCAAUUUUUAAGAUGAAAUUCUACAUAUUUCAAGCCAAAUACUGAAUUAAUUUUUGCUGUGAAAAGGAGAUGUUACUAGAUCAUAGGUUCAAAUAUUAUUUGUUACAGUUCAUGGAAGCAAUCUAAAACAUGGAUCCUGUUGCUAGUUAUUGCAGGUAUGUGUUGCACGUGCAUUCCCAAGGACGUGGCAUUUUUUUCAAAGGAAAAGUUCCCUUUGCACAUACAGGGAUUCUGACUAGUGUGAAAUGUAAGAUUAAAUCCUUCAUGCAUUGUAAAAAGUUCUAGAUGACAAGUCAUGGUGAGUCUGCCUUUUGUCAAUGGUUAACCAUACCUGAUGUUGUCAGAUGCUUAAUUUCCAGAAAAUCUCUCUCUCAGUAGGUGCUAUUCCCAUUGAGACUCCACAGCAAUUGGGAGUCUGGUGAAGUGCCUUAUGGAUUCUUAGCUCUUCGUAUUUCACAUCUCUAGGGGAAAUGCUACCUUUAAUUGUAAGGUAGCAAAUGUGGUUUGGCAACUUUGAGAAACAUGACACUGCAUGUCUACACAAGCCUGGAUGACCUGAGUAUGCACCUGCUAAACAACAAAAGCACAAGUCUGUGUUGCAUGUGCAAUCUACUGGAUCACAGUAUGACAUGGAGGUACUAUGGUGGAAGCAGUGGGACUGACUUCCGUGUAAUAAAUUCAGUUGUGCUGAAUAUUGCAUCACAAAAAACUGUUCUCUGAUACUGCCUUUAUGAUGCUAUUUCUGUGUAUUCGUAGAGAAUGUGUUAAUGUAAAAGCACUGUCACUGGUAAGAUCUGUAACUGUUCCAGUAUUUGGCUAUAGACUACCCAAAUAGGCUUCUCUGUUAUGUUGCAAGGGUAUAAGAAGGAAUCUGUCCUAGCCAAUUAAGGUUAUCUCCCAGUU